ACUCACACUCAGCGAGAUCCAUCACCAUGUCCACCGAGCGUUUCCUCUUCACCUCUGAGUCCGUCGGCGAGGGUCACCCCGACAAGAUCUGCGACCAGAUCUCCGACGCCAUUGUCGAUGCUUGCCUGGCUGAGGACAAGUUCUCCAAGGUCGCUUGCGAGACCGCCGCCAAGACCGGUAUGAUCAUGGUUCUCGGUGAGAUCACCACCAAGGCCAAGCUCGACUACCAGCAGAUCAUCCGUGACACCAUCAAGCGCAUCGGUUACGACGACUCCUCCAAGGGCUUCGACUACAAGACUUGCAACGUCCUCGUCGCCAUCGAGCAGCAGUCUCCCGAUAUCGCCCAGGGUGUCCACGUCAACCGCUCCAUCGAGGACACCGGUGCCGGUGACCAGGGUAUCAUGUUCGGCUACGCCACUGACGAGACCCCCGAGCUCAUGCCCCUGACCAUCGUCCUGGCCCACAAGCUCAACGCCAAGCUCGCUGAGUGCCGCCGUGAUGGCUCUCUCGGCUGGCUCCGCCCCGACACCAAGACCCAGGUCACCAUCGAGUAUGAGCAGUCCGCCAACGGCACCCUCACCCCCCUGCGCAUCCACAACGUCGUCAUUUCCACCCAGCACGCCCCGGGCAUCUCCCUGGACGAGCAGAUCAAGCUCCUGAAGGAGAAGGUUUGCGAUGUUGUCCUGCCCAAGGACCUCGUCAACGAGGACACCGUCUACCACCUGCAGCGCUCUGGCCAGUUCAUCAUCGGUGGCCCCCAGGGUGAUGCCGGUGUCACUGGCCGCAAGAUCAUCGUCGACUCCUACGGUGGCUGGGGUGCCCACGGUGGUGGUGCCUUCUCCGGCAAGGACUGGACCAAGGUCGAUCGCUCUGGCGCCUACGCCGCCCGCUGGGUCGCCAAGUCCCUGGUUGCCGCCGGCCUGGCCAAGCGCUGCCUGGUCCAGCUGUCCUACGUCAUCGGUGUCGCCGCCCCCCUGUCCAUCCACGUCGACACCUACGGCUCCGGCACCAAGCCCAACGCCGAGAUCCUGGAGAUCAUCAACAAGAACUUCGACCUGCGCCCUGGCAAGAUCGUCGCCGAGCUCGACCUCGCUCGCCCGAUCUACUCCCCGACCGCGUGCUACGGCCACUUCGGCCGCGACGAGUUCCCCUGGGAGCAGGUCAAGAAGCUCGAGUUCUAAGUGUGCACUCGUGCCCCUCUCUCUCUCUCUCUCUUGUUGCGCCUCAUUCUGCCCACCGCGGGGUCCCCCCUCCGCGCUGUGAGCGAGCGAGCGAGCGCGCGCGCGCGCGCGCCAAUCACACACACAAAAACACGCACCUUUUCCUCCUCACGCGCCUCCUCCCCCUUUUCCUCUUGUUGACCGCUCGGCUGUGAGCAAGAAGACAGUGCUUCCAUAUCUUCUCCUGUCUGUUUGUGUGUGCUGUGUGCUGUGUGUCUAAGAGUGUGUGUGUGUGUGCGCGCGCG